CAGCAUCAGUUGCCAUGGGAAGUAGUGCAUCUGCAGAAGAUGGCUCAAGUAGGCCAAGUACUGUCCAAAAGGUCACUGUGAAACCAGUGACCAACAAUAACGUGAAACAAACUACAAUGAAUUCUAAAACCACACCAGCUGCAACUCCUAGGACAGCUGCGUCAACACCACGUAAAAAAGAAUUCCAAGAAGUUGAGAUGAAAAGUAAUAAUAAACCUAAAGAAACCACUAAACCAAGCAAUAAUACAUCUAGUCGUCCCAGUCAGCAACAGACCAGUCGAAGACCAGAGGAUAGUGCGGCUGCGGCAAGUGGGGGUGGAGGAUCAAGAGGUAAAGGGCCACAGCAACAGAGCCAAGAAGACAUAGUAUUUGAGACAUUUUACCAUAGAAGUGGCAGGGAGUUCCAAUGCAUGUAUUUAAAUGGUAUGAGAUUCUACCUGGAUGAUUGGGGAUCUAAGGAAUGGCAACCAUUUCCCAAGAGAUGGUACCAAGAAGGUCUGUUAAUUACCAACACAGUUGUGAAAGAUGCUGAAAAUGAUCAAAGAAACAGGGAAGCAGCUGGUGCAGCAGGAGGGGGAGGGGGUACCAGUGGAGGAGUUCAAGGACAAAGAACAAGAGAAAACCAGUCACGUGGGUCAGGGGGUGAUGAUAGAGAAGGCCAAAUCACACAUCCUCGUAAAAAGAAAAUACCAACUUAUAUUUUCCAGAGAAAGCACAACAUUCAUUGUUUUUAUGACCAUGAUAACGGCCAAUGGAUGAGGAUGCCGAUUGGUUAUGAGCUACACCAUGAAAUGGUUAGUAAAUUGGUGGACCAGGUUGAGGAAGCUUUGCCACAUUGGAAUGACCGACAUGAUAUUCUGGCUAUGUUACGGCAGUGUAAUUACGAUGCUGAUGAAUGUAUAAAUACAUACCUACAUUUAGAAGGAGAUGAGUGGUUAAAGGCUCCUAAAACAAGUAAAGAGGCUAAAGACAUGAAUAACAAAGAUGAAAGAUUGAAUGAGUUAGAACAAACUGUUAAACUACUGAAAGCAAAGCUAGAUCAAGAAUCAAGAGCAAAAAAUGAAGCUGAAAGAAUAGUAAAACAACAAGAAGAUAAGAUUACAUCAUUGGAAGUAGAAGGAAAACAAGCUGAAGCUCAGUUAGCUGUUUUACAGGAAAGACCAAAGACAGCAAUGCGACCUAAAACACCUCAGGUAGUAACCAAGGUAGUGAAGGAAGAAACAGUUAACCCAGAUGAUGUUAAACAACUAAAUACCAGUGUAAUACAGCUGAGGAAGGCCCAUGUUCAUCUCAAGAUGGAGGUUCAGAGAUAUUUUGAUGGUCUGAAAGGAUCAAUAGGCGAGGCUGUAGACGGUAUGAAGAAAAUGAAGAAUACUGGAGCUGCUCAAACAGAAGAAAUGGAAGAAGUCAGGGCAUUGUAUAGAAAGGAAGCUUUACAAAGAAAGAUACUUUAUAAUCAGCUACAAGAAAUGAGAGGAAAUAUACGAGUGUUCUGCAGAGCAAGGAAGGAUGACAGAGCAGAAAAUUGUCUGAAAUUCCUCAAUGACCAAGAUCUUGUGGUCAAUAAUGCACAGAAUGGAAAGAAAAUGUUCUCAUUUGACAAAGCUUUUGAUCCGAAUACUUCUCAAGAACAAGUUUUUGAAGAUACAAAGGGAAUUAUUACUUGUUGUGCAGAUGGGUACAAUGUAUGUCUAAUGGCCUAUGGUCAAACAGGGUCUGGUAAAACAUUUACCAUGAUGGGACCUGAUAGCAACCCUGGUAUUAAUAUCAGGGCAAUUAAUGAAUUGUUUAAAGUAUGCAAAGAGAAAAAGGAUACUGUAUCUUAUGUCUUAAGGGUAUCUUUAAUUGAAAUCUAUAAUGAGACAAUUCAAGAUUUACUCACAAAGGAGGCUAAGACCUUAGAUCUGAAGACGGCUGGCAAUAAAGUCAACAUACCAGGAUUGACAGAAGUUGAAAUUAAAACUUUGGACGAUAUUAAGAAAGUAAUGGCAAUGGGAGAUAAAAAUAGGACUACUGCUUCAACUAAGAUGAACUCUACCAGUUCACGUUCACAUUUACUACUGUUGUUGGCUGUAGAAGGUACAGAUAAAAUUACUGGUGCAAUAUCUAAGGGAACUUUGACCUUGUGUGACCUUGCAGGAUCAGAGAGGAUUUCCAAGACAGAGGCUGAAGGACAAAGAUUGGUAGAGGCAGCUGCUAUCAAUAAAUCAUUGUCUGCACUUGGACAGGUAUUCACUUCUUUAAGACAGAGUCAGUUGCAUAUACCCUACAGAAAUUCUAAACUAACUCAGAUUCUACAACCUUCUUUAGGAGGAGAUGCCAAGGCAUGCUUGUUUGUGAAUAUAAGUCCAGAUUCAUAUAAUUAUUCGGAGACAGUAAGCACACUGACAUUCGGUUCUAAUGCCAAACAAGUAGCAUUAGGUCAGGCUAAACAGAAUAUUAAGAAAGGAAACUAGUCAUGUUAAAGACGGAGUACGAGUCUCGUAUGUAUGUUGGAGGAAUUUAUGUAGUUGUAAGACGGUGAAAAAUUUAUAAUCUUAAGGCCAUCUUAAAUUUUUGUUAGUUCUCAGAUACCAAUGAAGAGAGCUGCCUUCAGAAUAAAGCUUGAUAGAAAAUUCUUUGUCAUUCAUAUAGGAAAAUAACACCAGAUGUUCAAUAUAUGUCAAGUAUAUUAAGUAUCUGCAGAACUGAUAACCAAUUUUAUAUCGCCUUAUUUUUAUAGUUUUGUCUGUAUGCCUUCAUGGAAUAUGCAUUGAAAACUGUAACUUUUGCUCAAGUCCUACAUUUUCCUGCAUAUGAACAUUCUUACCCUAGAGUGUCUCAAGAGAUUAUGUCUCACAAUCAAGAAAAAGUUAUCAAGCAAUAACAUAUAAAUAUUCAUGACAACAGUGUGAACAUUUCUUCGAGAAUUGACAAAAUAUUUCGGUCAUUUUCAUAUUGUAUAUUUUUGAAAUGUCAACUCUGUUUUUCAUAAUUUUUUUUUUAACAAAUUAGGUUUAUGUUAUUAUAACAAACAAUUUUUCAUACGAUAUUCCACAAAGAUGACAUUUAUAUUUCUUUUUUCUUCAAUUGACAUACCUCUAGUCUGUACGAAUUCUUUGAUCUCUAUUUGUAAUUGUAAAACAUUCUAUUGUUUUCUCUUAUCUGAUUUGUUCGGUUUUUUUAUGACAAUGUAAUUAAAUAAGACUGUUAACUACAUAUUGAUUUUUUAAAAAGCCUUCAAAGUGAUUCUGUGAUAUUGUAUCAAGAUAUUAAAGUGCUGUAUUUUGAAUUAAACUAUUAUAUUUUUGCUGAUGAUAGUUUGUUUAUGCAUACAGUAAACAAAACGAACAUAUGAGAUAUAUUUGAAUGGGGAAUCUCUUUUAAAAAUUGUAUAUGACUAAUAAUUUAUUUGAAGUUCAUCAGUUAAAUACCAGAAACACUGUAGAUAAUUCAAAAAAUUAUAAAAAUCUUCUGAUUUAUUUGCUAAGCACUAUAAAGUUUACAACCCAAUUAACUGAUGCUACACCAGUAUUGUAUAUUUUGUAAUUAGUAAUUUAUUUUCUGUUAUCUAUAUUGGUGUAUUCAUGACAAGACACAGAAGUGAAAAGAAGAUUAGUUUUUGACCAUUUACAAACUUUAAAUACUAGCUGUUCUAAAAAAAAACAAAAAAACAUUGGCUCGUUAUGUGAAACUGAUCUAUCUGCUUGACUGUUAUUUAUGUUUUCUGAUGGCAAAAAUAUAAGCAAUUUUCCAAAUUUUAUGUAUGAACUACAUAUAAUUAAUUCCAAGCUAUUAUAUAAGAUUCAAAUUAUACUGAUCAGUUUCAAGAAAUGUUUUAUCACAUGUAAGGCUUUUGGUAAAAACUUGCAAAAUUGUUACUUAUUGUUACAAAAUCCUUUUUGAGCUUGGAUUACAAUGCUGCAUAUGGCACUUUUUUGUUUAAAUGACGAAAACUCCUAGAGUGAAUGUCAAAACUCAAAACUGAUUUUCACUGAAGUGUUACUAGAAUAAUACAAAUAGCAAUGUAUGUAUAUAAAAUGCCUCUUGAUUGGCAGAAUUCCUAAGAAUAUUGUAAAAUAUUAGUUAUUCUAAUCAGAAAGUGUAUAGAUAAGUCUUAUUCAUUAUCUAAUAGGAAUAUGUGGGCAUUUGGUUAUAUUGCAGUGGCAGGCGAAAUUGUGAAAUUUAUGAAUAGAUGAUAUUGUGUAGUUAUUUGAAACCCUCACCUCCUGCAACCCUUUUAUGUCACUAUUUUUAAAAAGCAAAGAUCUAACCAUAGAGACUGACAUUAAACAGUUUACCCUGUGUCUUUCAUUAAGUUUUAAUUGACAUAUGUAAGUAAUGUAAGUAUAUAUUUGUUUAACAUUGUCAUUGUAUAUGUAAAACCAUAAAAACUUCAUGUAAAAUGUCUUUUUCAAUAAUGGUAACAUUGUUGUAAAAAUUGUUUUUAUUGCAAUGACUUUAUCUGUGAUAGAAUAUUACUGGUAAAAUAUCAUUUAUAAUACAAGAAACAUAGUCAUUAUUAGUUGCUACCUUAUCUUAUUUUCCAAUAUAUUUAAGAAAUAAAAUUAUCGUCAUUAAAAUGAAAAAAAAAAAAAAAACAGUUUUCACAUUUGUUCAAAAUUUUAUAUGAUGUUGAAACUGACUGUGAUGAAAAAUUAUUAGGGUUAAAAUCCAUGUUUCAACAUUCCAAUCAGUGAAUUAUACUUUCACAAAUAUUUUAUUUUCAAAAAUUUAAUUUGCUAAAUGAAAUCUAUAAUUUAGCUCCUUAAAUUCUCAAAUACAAUACAGUUCACUUUAAAUUUUUCAUUGAUCAAUAUAUUAUGAAAAGCACUUCAGAAUAAAAUGUAUUGACCAUAAUGCUUGACUAAACAAAAAGAAAAACUUGUAAAUUUAUUGUUGAGAACUUUUGAAGGAGGGGAGAUAAAUGAUUGUAUCUUAAGCACAAUGAGAUAGUGAUAUGGGUUAUUCAUUGUAUUAUUUUGUUGUGGUGUUUCCAUUUUUCAAUUAAUGUGUGCUUGAUGUGUAUAAGAUUUGUACAGAGUGUCAGUUCAUCCCAUAUUUUGGAUGUAAACCAUUAUAAGUAUUAUAUGUAUGUCUGCUGUAGUCUUGAGGAUUAAGAUGGAUUUAAUUUUGUCUUUCGGAUUAUUGGCAAGGUAUCAUUGUAAUGCUUAGUAUUUAUGUAAUACUUAUUUUUUGUAUUACUGCUUACACAUAUACUUGUGAAAGAAAGAGGGUCAUUAAGUUCAAAGUUGGCCCCAUAUUUUUUUUUAAAUAGUUUCAGGUAUUAACGAGAAAAUAAAUUUUGUAAGCAUAUUCAUAUAUUAGUGCAUAUUCUAUAAGUAACAAUAUCAAAAGAGAAAAUCGAAUUUAUUUUUGAAAAAAAAAAGAUGCAAUCUUAAGCUUUAAGUACACUAUGUAUGUUCCGGCCAUCAAAACAUUUCAAUGAAAAGUAUAGUUUUAUAGAUGCUAAACAUCCUCAAACAAACAAACAAUUUAUGUCAUCUAAGGUUGCUUUGAAUAAUAAUGUUGUUUAAAUAUGUGCACUUUUUACAUAUAUUUUAAAUAUUUUCUCUAUUUCAAUGAUGUGUGACCUUUUAAAAACUGAAAUAUUAAAUCUUUAAACUUUAGAUAGGUUUAAUCACUUUGGAAAAGCUGAAUUGUAAAUCUUGGCAUCUAAUGCAAAGAGAAUGCUCUAUAAAUGCUGUUGUAAGUGUCAGAAAACUCUGGGGCCACAUUUGGUCUUUAAUGGCACCCUCCUUUUAGCUUUCUCAAGAAAAGUUGAAUAUUCAUUCAUCAAUUGCCUCCAUGAUAAUUUGUUAAGUUUUUAUUGUUAUUUUAUAUGGAUUUCAGGACAUGUUCACCAUAUAGUACUUGUAUAUUUAUAAUGUGAAAUCUUUAUGUAAGUAGUAGAGCCUUAUAUGAAUUCAGUAUGGAAUGUAUGUAUAUGAUUUAAAAAGAGUUCAUAUUUAUUUUAUUUUAUUCAAUAGUGUAUAUAAUGGAGCAAAUAAGUAUUGUCAUAAACAAUCUGUUCAUACAGGUAUUUUAGACAUCUAAUUUAUGAAUUUUAACAAUAACAGAUCAUUGAUUUGCCUCUUUUUCAGUUUUUUCCAAUAUUUUCUUGUGAACACAGCUAAAAUUAAUAUUCACAAGAUUUUUUUAAAAGAUUCCUAAUCCAGACAUCAAAAACAGUUAUUGAGGCCAAUCCAAAUGGAAUAAUUUAGAGUGAGCAAUCAAACUUUUAUUCUUUAUUUUUUUUAAGAAAUGAAUAUUUUAGCAAGUGAUACCUCAAAUUUGGUGAGAGGAAAGCAUAUUUUAAUUGUAUUCUACAAAAAUUCUGUUUUCAGGAUUGAGAAACAAAAUUUUAACACAAAAUUUUUUAAUUUUCUGUGGAUUGUAUGACGAGCAAUGAUAUUUAAAAAAAUUUGUUGAUUUCAUUUAAAUGGAGCUCCCAAAGACUACCAUAGUCUACUCCUCAUAGUUUCCCUGCAAUACAGUUCUAGUAAAGUCUGUGAUUAUAUUAUUGCCAGAGUAGUAAAAUAAUUUGUAGAUAGUUUAAUAAGGUAUGGUUGCACAAUCUAGUUUUUUUUUAUAUUUUUUACAUCUAUAAGAUCAUUUAUAUUUUUCUUCAUUUCCUGAACACUGCCAAGAAAUGUUUCAUGCAAGUAUAAAAGAUAAAUUCACUUUAAGCUGUUUUUGAGAUUGUUAAUACAUUUUAAGAAACGUGAUUUGUUCUAGAGUAAAAUAAAGUCAAAAGGAUAUUUUUUUUAAAGCAAUUUAUUUUUCUAAACUAUUUUUUUCUGAAAGGGAAAUGACUAUUUAAGAUUGACGCCCAUAAGCAAUAAAAGAGAAGUUAAAAGCAUCCGUUAAAGUAAAACAAACAUGAUUGAUUCGUUUAAGUAAAUGUAAGUCAACAAAAAUAAAGUGUUCCUGGUAUCUGUUAUGACUGGUUUUGUUUGUAUAUAAGCACCUUUCUUUAAUAAAACCUCCGACGAUUCUGUAUGGCUACUUUGCCUGACAUACAAAUCAUGCAAUGAACAUCCAUCCAUCCACAUAACAUAGCUGUGAUAGGUUGAUCUAAGUGCUAUAGAAUUUCAGAUAGUUUAUAAUCCGUCCAGAAAUCAUUAGCAUUAUUUUUUAUCAUUUAUUUUUUCUUUGUUUAUAGGUUUAUGUCUGAUAUUUACUGAUACAGAAAUUUACAAACUUUAUGAUUGAACUUUCACCCUUACAUUCCAUUUAAUGAUAAUAAAAUAUAUUUUUGAUUUUUUCCUUUGUUUUUGUCCUUCAUACAUAUACAUUUAUAUUUAUUUGUCUUGUUAUUCAGUUUAAUUCUUUACAUAAACAAUAAUUAAAAGAUAUAUAUUAGUUUCUAGAAGAAGUUCAAAGAAUUUAAGCUAAAUGAAGGAAAGGAAAAAUUUAUUUGCUUUUCUACAAUAUGUAACCUAAAUGUAUAACCAGAAUGGUAGAAACCUGAGCCAGUUAUCUACCCUGAAUCAAAUUGACUCAACCUUAUUGUUUUUUCUAUGAUGUAAGUAUUCCAUAAUCGGUUGACUGUAAUUCUUGGUUCUUUCAAAAGUUGAUAUUCUGAAAAAUAGUUUUGUUUUUUAUCUUUUCAGUUUUUUAAGUUCAGUUAAAAAAAAUAGUCAACUCGCUAUUUCUGAAUUUAAAUAUAUACAUGUGCAAGUAUUUAAAUUCUGCUCAUUGAAAUUGACAUCUCUUCAUUGCACAAAGAUUAAGUUUUUUUAAUGCUAAAUAAACUAAUUGCAACAUUUUUUGUAUAUCCUCUACAUUGUUUCAUCUGUUUAUCAAAUAGCAAUGAGUUAAUAGUGUGCUAUUAUUGUCUUUGAAAAGUUAUAUCCAAUAAGAUUCAAACUUCAAAAAAUAAAUCUGUCAGUAGUUUGAACACAUUUAAAUUGAUGAAACAGUCAAUUAUCUGUAAAAUAUACCUCCCACAUCCACUGUACUAAAAUUCUAGAAUACGUAAUCCUAAGAUAUUAUUUGUUUUACAUAUUUAAAGUAUUUUGUUGUAUUUUAUAUCUGUGAUAAUGGUCUGUUGACAAACUAGUCCUCAAAAUUCUGAUUUUCCAUCUAUCAGAAGAUAAAACUAUCCAUUUCAGAAUCAAAUGCAUUCUGGGUAAUAUUUUCCAAAUUAUACAACAAAGCGUUGUGAUUGGUUCAAAAAAGCCAAAACCAUAGAAAUUCAACCAAUGAUGUGACGUUAUUUUCAAUUUGGUGUAUGAACAAUAAAAUUACCCAUAGUCCUUUAGGUUCUAAAAUGUUAGACAGUUUAAAAAAAAAAACAACUGAUUUGGUGAAAAUCAGAAAAAUUGAAAAAAUUUUGUUUGGUAAAUUUAUGGCUGAACAAAUAGUUUGAUUUAAUGAUACAAACUGCUGUUGGGUAAAGAAAGAGCUUCACAUUUACUCUUUACACAAAAUUAGAGAAAACUGUGAGGAAAAGUUUGAUUAAAGUGGUAGCUGGUAAAUAAAAUUUUGAGGGCUGUUUUUUGUUGACCAGUUUCUUUAAUAGAAAAUCUUAUUUUCCACUGUGUUAUUAGGUUUAUUGAUGCAAUAAAUAUAUUUUCUGAUA